AUGGCCAAGUGGACGGUAAAUGACAGGGAUUGGUCAGCGGACCCCCAACAGGUGUCCCUUAGCUCAUCAAGGUCGGCAUUUGAGGACUCGCUGUGGGAAGAGCUCUUGAAAGACACCGACCACUCCUCUGCGAUCUGGUCAUCAAGGGAAUUUCGGCAGAGCCAAAAGACUGGUGUAUCAAAGGAUAAAAUUUCAGGUAAUAAUGGACCACCAGACAACAAUAUUGUUAUCCGGUACACGGAGAAUACGAGCCGUUCUCAGCGAAAAGAUCUCGUUCCAGACAGUGGUUUUCUGAAGAAUCGCAAAGGGCCAUCCGCCAACAACAAUUACAAGCCAAAUAGUAAAUAUGGCCGCCUUUGUCGUAGAUCAUUGAGCCAAUCUUGCAAUCCGUCAAUGAAACGAGGUGGCCGCGGGGGCCGGGAAGGUGACUCGGUAGAUCUGUAUGACGAGUCCGUCCCGGUUGUCAACUCUGAAACUGCCAGUGAGAGGAAAUCAGGCUACCUAGACGAACCGGCCUAUGUCAGAGAAGCCUUGCUACGAGAUAGACUCCAAGAGGCGUCUGACAGCUUGGACAGGGACGGUAACUCUGGUAGUGAACAACGGACAGAUGAUACAGGCAGGCUCCAAUUGCAGGAAACUCUUCAAGAUUCCGAUACAGAUCAAGACAACAGCGAGGAAGUAGAUUCGCUGGACGAAGAACUUUGGCUUUCGGCAAAAUCCUUAGCUAACGUAACGACGUGGAUGAUACGAAACAGAGAUCAUCUUCAAAUCGUUCUCAACGAUGUACCCAAGACCCAAGACGAUACUUUAGAACUGAAAAGAACCGCAAUUCUCCAAAGUUUCUUGACCACAGGUGGACCAAAUAUUGAAGAAGAUACAAGUAGAUACUUAGAUUUGAAAAGCAGAACAGAUUCCAAGCAACUGACUGAACAUUACACUGAUAACCACGUGACUCCUUCUGGUCAACCGGGAAUUCUUGCAAAACCCGAACGUCUAGUGCCUGAUGCCGUAAGGAACAGCUUCCAUCGGAUGCGGUUGGAAUUUCGUCACAGGAAUGGUUCGACUAAAUCCGCCCCAGGCUGUCGACGGGAUAGAUUUGAGGAUUCUACUUGCGACUUGGAAAGAGACUCAAUGAAAUGUUACAUGGAAAUUGUGGGUAGUGAUAUUUCUUCUCAGUACAGAGGCAUUCAGGUUGAGGACUCUUCACAAACUAUGAAUUCCCAGGGGUUCAAGGUGGGGUACAGCUCCAACAGCCCCUUACAGAGCCUCUCUGAACUGGCCAUCAUUGAAAAUAUGUCUGAUCUGUUGAAGGAUAUUGAGAAAUCAGACUUGGUGUUGGCUGAUAACUUGGGCUGGCUGUAUCACCAAGAGUCUGGACUGGAGCGUUGGUGUGUUAUUGCAGAUAUCAUCAUGUGCAUUUUUGAGAAUAAGGAAUCCAACAAGCCGAUACUGUCCAUUUUGUUACCAGGGGCAGAUAUAUACGGCUCAGACAACUCUUUGAAUCCUAAUCAUACAAGUGUGCUUGGCAAGAGCCAGACCAACACUUGGAGGAUUACAAUUGACUCAAACAUUGCUGGACAGGAACAUACAUUCUUUGCCAAGAAUUCGGAGGACCACAUGAAAUGGGUGAAUGCUUUAAAAAUGGCGUCAAACUUUGAUCAAGAUUCUCCUCUUUGUCGGGAAGGAUUGGACAUGAAACAAGGGAAUGGAAACUGCUUUGGAUCAGAGGAAAACUUCAGUUUUAAUCCUUUGAUAACAAGUGAGAUAGGCAUGGACAUGGAAAUAAGCCUUGGUUCGCCGGAUUCUUUGGAUUCGCCUGUGUUGUUUAGCAAAAACAAACAUUUCCAUUUGGACCUUCAGAAUUCGUGUUCAGAUCUUUCUCUGCAGAGCGAAUCGAGUACAACAUCUAAAGAAAGUGGCAUUAGUAUGCUUGACAGUUCUGAUUUCAAGAAGUUUUUGCGCAGAGAUUGCCCUGAGAAUGGUCAGUCAUCACCAUUGAAGGCAAGACCUUCACACAGUCUGUCAUUCUCAUCUCCCAAAGCUUUUUCCCUAGACAGAAGACACUUUACAAGCAUGGAGAACAUUGACCGAAUAGUUCUGCGGAAAUCCAACUCAAAUCCUUUGUCAAAUGCACCAGCAACAGAUAAUGGGAAUCUCCUGUCCAGUACUGAGCUCUCACCACCAGUUAUUGAAGAUGGAAGGAAGCUAGGAGGCAAGAAGAGCAGCUCUUGCAGGAGACCAUUAUCACAGUCCCUGGAUCUGAGUAAAAUUACUCCAGUAACAUCGGGCUUGGUGCGAAGGGCAUCUGGCUUCAAGGAGAGAAUGUUUGGCAAGAAAGGAAAGUCUUCCCUCUCAGGUAUCACCCUUGGCUCCCUGGUGGAGGUGAAGAUGUCGGGCUUCAUGCAACACAAGGUCUUACUGAAAUGGCAGAAGCUGUUUUUUGUUGUGAGUAGAGGAUGCCUGUAUGCCUUCAAGACAAAAAAUAACAGCGAGAAUCCGGAAUUCAUGGCCAUAUUGUCCAACUACACUAUUACAUACCUACUCAAUGGCAGACAGAAGAAAAACAAGAUCACAAAGCCGUAUGUGUUCAAGCUUUCUCAACCGAACUGUAAAAGCAUUUACCUGUGUGCAGCCCAUAGCUUAGACCUGGCUCGUUGGAUUCAGGUCUUGCAGAUGGAAGCCAGUCAAGUCAGUGUUGACAAUCCAGAUUCCACCCAAGAUAGUUUUGAUGCUGAGUCGUGGGUCACUCCUGGACUCUUUGCAAAAACAAAUGCCAGAUACGCUUUGGGAUCACCAGCAAAUGACCUUGAACCUUGUGAAUUUCCCACCUUGAGCUCUUCAGUUGAUCAUGAAAAACUCUCUUCAACUUGUUUGUCUGAUGGUUUGGAGAUUGUCUCAACAGAACAGGGCAGAGUGACAGUGUCUCAUCAUAUGUCACAGAUGUGUGACAAUGAACUAAUCACAGCCUGGGAUACGUCUAGCUCCUGCAGCACAGUGUACAGCUCUACCCUGGAAUCCUCAAGCAAUGCCAGCAUGGAUUAUGGGCCUCGGCAUGACAAUUCUGUCACAAGGGUUUGGCAGAGCGAUAAUGAGUUUCGUCUCACAGCAAUCAGGAAACAUGCCCAAAAGAUCAAGAAAACUUUCUCAGACAGGAGGAAAAAAUGGCAUAGUGAAGAGGUUUUGAUCGACAUUCCGAUUUCGGAUAGUUUUUCAGUAGAAAAAGAUGAUGUAGUCUCUCCCGUGAAAAGUGAAGAAUCCAGAGAAGUGAAGAAGUCGUGUAAAGAAGAGAGUGUAGAGCGAGGUGAGGAGACAGGUGACUCUUCCCAGCAGGUGCCAAGACGUCACAAGCCUGUCACAGUCAAACACCUGCCUGUCCAGCAGUUAGGGACGCCUGACCAUUGCGGCUAUCUGGAGAGGAGGCAUCAGGAUGGAGCAUGGGUCAAAUACUGGUACUGUCUGAAGUCUGGCUGGCUCUACUGUUACCUCACACCUGCGGAUUUUGUCACUGUUGAUGCCAUUAACCUGGAUAAUUUCUCUGUUACCUGUCAUCACGAGAGAUUCCAGGCCAAGAGCUUUGUCUUGGAGUUACAUCACAAGCGAUACUUCCCCAUAUUUCUGGCUGCUGACAGUGAAUCUGCAAUGGCUGAGUGGUCCAUGAACAUUGGGGAGGGGAUAUCCACGCCUGAGAGAAGCCACCUGCCUGGAGGUACCCCACCCACCCGUGACCAGAUGCGAACCACAGUCUUGUCAGAUGAUUCCAGUGUGCCUGAAGACAACGUGGACAUUACUGAAGACUUAGCAUGUGACACCACACAUGACACUGACACCUCGUCUCAGUUAGUACGCACUGCAGAGGAAACCUCAGUGGUGUCUGAUGCUCGUCAACAUCUGCUCCAGCAAGUCCUGAAACUGAAGCAUGACUUGGAGCAAAAACAGUCUGAAACCAGGAGAAAGCGAGCUUCCUUAAUGCACGUAAGCCAGUCUGUGCCCAAAAAUUUGGAUAAGAAGGUGCAGGAAGAGCAACUGGUUCAGGAGAUCACUUCUCUGCGACAGCGGCGCUUGUCCACCCAGUUGAAGGUUGAUACACUUCAGAGACAAAUGGAGCUACGAACAGUGAACACUUCAAGGAAGAAACCUCUCUUUCGAUUUGUUGGAAGGCAGAAGCCCCCAACAGAGGCAAACAGCAACAACAACAGCCCGUUUAUGGAGGAGCAGGUAAAGGAAUUGACCAGCCGGCUGCAGGUGAUCGAUCAAGAUUUGACAUACAGAGAGAAAGACCGCCAGACCUUGCGUCCCACAUGGCUGGACCUCGCCAACAACAACCGUGGCAGCCCAGAGAAUCAGCGUCGCCAUGGACUCUUCUCUGGCAAAAUCCAGAAAGAAUCUCGCAAGAGAACUCAGAGUCUUAAGUUAACAGGACUUGCUCUUUCAGUACCACAGGAAAGUCCCAGAGGAGAGGAUAGUGCUGUCAAUCAAAGACCGUCAGUUCCAGUGAGUGACAGUAACCAUGGUAGCAGGAUCCCGCCUAAUGACUCCUCCUUGGACAGUAUUUCAUUAGCUAAGGUGAACAAAGGUAAAGGUUGGUUUAGGAGAAAGCGAAAUGGGAAGGAAUCACCUCAGCCUGAACCAGCCAAUGAAAUAGCACCAGGAAAUUGUCUCCGUGCAGAAGCAGCUCAAGCACAGCCCCCUUCUCCUAAAGUGUCCCCAAGGCGAGAGAUUAGUCCGCGCGUUUUAGCAGACAUAGAGGAAUUUGAGAGGAUGUCGCGUUUAGCCCUUCAGAAAACUCAAGGCUCACAGAACUCCUAAAGGUUCAUAAUUCAUUGGAAUCUGCCCCGUGCUAACAUCUCGGUAGUGCAUGUAUUGAUCUCACUGACGAAUACAGACUUCAUACUGGUGUGGACUUCAUAUUCAUGCAAACUUCAUACUGGCGUGUACAUCAUACAGACAGUUGUUUUCAUGCCAACUUCAUACUGACGUGAGCUUUAUGCUGGCAGGGUCUAAAUGCUGACAUGGACUUCAUGCUUGUGAGCUUUGUACUGGCAUGGUCUAAAUACUGAUAUGGACUUCAUACUUCACCUGUCUGCUAUGGUGACCUGCUAAAUUUUAUCACAUACUACGCAUUUUAACAUAACUGUGAUGGAAUUCUCAGUCAAGACGGUGCUAACAUGAAAAGAGGUGUUCAGGACGAGUCACAUCCUGUUUCUUGCUUUUUAAAUGUCAUAUUUCAUAGUGCAUACAGAACCUAUCAAACAAAGUCAACAAUGCUGUAAAUCAUAAUGGAGAGUGCUAAGAAAAUGGUUGUAUGUAUACUGGCAGUGCUUUUCUUUCAACUAAAUCUGAAACCAAGAUAUUUAAUUUUAAAGCACGAGGUUACUAAGGUGAUUAGAAAAUCUGAACAGGGCAUUUCAAUACUGUUUUUUGAUGAAUGGACCUAUUGUUCUUUGACAUUAUGAUAAACUUUUUUGUUUGCCAAUAUAUCUUUUGUUACCUUAAAGCAAGACUUAAAGAGAAUGGAUGGAUGCAGUAAAUAAGAGCAUAACAAAGUCAUGAAUUUUACCCACUGGAAGUUUACAAAUUCCAGGGAAGUUCUAUGGUUCUCCCUGAUGUCUAGUCUUGGAAUGAGAUACACAAGAGUGCCAAGACUGGCAACACAACAAAUGUAACCUUGUAUUUUGUUAAGAUAAGAUCUUGUUUUUUGGUGGGUGAGGUGGUUUCCAUUUGUGUCAUAACUGCCAAAGGUUUGUUUUGAUUUAGAAUUUCCAGUUCAUUUGCCAGGUGUUCUUCGAAAAUCCAUGUCCUGACUGUAAAAGUAAGGUUGUUUUUGUGUCAAUGUUUUUGGUGCAAUAAUUUUAAUCUAAAUGUAUAGUAUUGGUUUUAUAAGUUGAAGCGUUUAUUUUGUGAUGUAUUGUUUGUAUAUAAAAUAUGUACAUGUACUCUGUAGCUGUUUGAUAUAACCCUUAUUUUUGUAUGGAGAAAUUUAUACUUACAUGAUGUUUGCACAUAUAUUGACUUGGGAAUAUUGACUUGAUGUUUAUUGGGAACAUUCAGGCUUUUAGAUUUUACAACUAAGGAGAAGAAAUUCGUCUCCCUCAUUUGCAUUGUGAGUGAAUGGCAGAAAGCCACAUUAAAAUCUGUCUUCCUGGAAGCUCCACUCCGUCAGACAUCAUAAUCCAGUGUCAGUGGAUCAUCAGCCUGUUAUUCCAUUGUAUAUUCAUCAACAUUCCACCCAUCCUGGAUGACCUUGGUCAAUUUGUACAUCUCACUGGAUGAUCAACCUGUCAGUCCAGUGUGAAAUGUAGGUACUUUUGGUUGUUUAGGCUCUGUGUGAUGGAUAUACAUACUGUAUACUAAGUUGUUUCUUGGACUUCGUACAAAUCUCAGCUUCUGAUGUUGUAUUUUAGUGAUAUUUAUUGACAUAAUAUUUCACCUUGUUAUCUAUGGCGUUUUUAUUCUACC